UUAUUUUGUUAAGCGAAAAAAAAAUUUUUGGGUUUAGGUGCACUUUAAUGUCAAAGCAACCCGAGUAAACGGGGGAAUUUGGUGGCAUUUAAGAGACUCCACAAAGAAACUUGACGUGUAUGUGUUUAAAAUGCAGCAGGCCUUGGUGAAGGGAAUAAUUCCUGUAGCCCGCUUGGCUGAUCAACUUAUGACAGCCAAAACACUUGAUUUAGAGCAAGUACAAUCAAUGAAAAAGUUGAGCCUAGAGGCACUAUCCUUGCUUACCCAUGUGAACUACGAGGUUAACAUGCAAAGGAGUGUUUUGAUGAAACCUGAUAUUGGAAAAGAAUUUUCAUCACCUUGCUCACGUCUGGUCCCAUUCACAGACUCUUGGUUUGGGGACAACUUACAAAAGCAACUAAAAGAUAUUGGGGAUGAAAAUAAAGUUGGAGUGAAAUUACACAAGAGCAAAUACCCAUCCAGCAAUGGAGGCUCUUGCGUUGGCGAAGGCACAUAUAAUAACAGGGGAUCAUUUUGGCCAAAAAACUUAUAUGCCUGGGGGCAGAGCCACCCCGGGAACAAGAAUCACAAAGGGAGUUACCAGAGCCCCAAAUGAUUUCUCUGCCUCAUUGGGAAAGUUCUACAAACACUGCAAUUGUACCAGACCACAGCAAUAUUGAUAUUCCCAAAAUGGGAAAUGCAGUUUUGGUACCCCGUGUUGCUGAAGAUGCUGAUAGAACAGCCAGUGAUGAUACCAGUUCACAAAACCACUUUGACUCAAGCUCACAACUCAAGCAAAGUGCACCCCUUGUAUCCAAAGUUGCAACUUCUUGGGUGUCUUGUAUCAGGUCAGUGCUUCAAAAACAGGGAAUUGGUCAACAAGCUAUAGAAAUUAUGCUCAACUCUUGGAGAAAUGGAACUAAGAAACAGUAUACUUCAAGUAUCUCUCAAUGGACAUCGGAUUGCAAACUACACAAUUAUAACCCUACAACACCCCCUGUGGCACAGGUUUUGGAGUUUCUUACCCAUCAAUCCAACCACCUAGGAUACAGUGCUAUUGGAACAACAAGAAGUGCUCUAUCAUCCUUUAUAACACUUGAUGUUGUUAAUUUAGGUGACCAUCCACUGGUAGAGAGGUUUAUGGCAGGGCUUUUCAAUAGGAAGCCUGCCCUCCCUCGUUAUGUUGAAACUUGGAACCCCCAUAUUGUUCUUGACUAUUUCAAGAGUCUCCCAGAAAAUGAAAGUUUGGAAUUGAAACAACUGACAAUGAAGCUUACUGUUCUGCUUGCCCUUAUCUCUGCACAACGUUUACAGACAUUAAAAGCCUUAUCUCUUGAUGGUAUGUCAAACACUAAGGAUAGUUUUAGUUUUAGACUGCUUGAAGUUCUUAAGCAAACUUCAAGACAUGGGGGUAAGAACAGACACUUGGCCCCCAUAGUUCUUAAAAAGUACCCACAUGACUCAAAGUUAUCCCCUGUUAGAUUUUUAAAGGAAUAUCUUACCAGAACAGCGACUCUAAGAACAUCCCAACAAUUGCUACUUUGUUACAACAAGCCACCUGGACCUGCUUCACGAGACACCAUCUGUCGUUGGAUAAAACAAACAUUAGCCGCAUCUGGCGUCAACACUACAGUAUUUAAGGCACACAGCUGCCACAGUGCAGCAACAUCUGCGGCCAAAUUGGCCCGAAGUCCUUAUGGAGGAUAUUCUGGCAGUUGCUGGAUGGCGUUCAGACUCUGUUUUUGUUAAAUUCUGUAAUAAGCCAGUUAAACAUGCACACAAUGCCUUUGCAGAGGCAGUGCUUGAAAGUUAAUUAGUUGCCUGUUUAGCAGUUUCAUUGUUUUAUUCUCUUGGAAACUCUGUGUUUAAGUCUAUAUUUGGUUUUACUACUAUUGAACACAGCUGUUAUUGACUAAGACUGUUGUUAUUCAGACUGGAAGUAUUAAAUUGUGUUGUGACUUUUCCAUGUAA